CAACAAACGUGGGCCUUCUCCUCAACGAGCUUGGCAUCACCGAGCUCAUCCGUCAUCCCAGGGGCCGCCCCACCAUUCACUCCGCGUCCCCCGAGGGCUGUCUCCUCCUCUACAUCGCGUCCCGGAUCAUCAAGCCCUAGAAUCAUGGGCACACGAUCAUGUCCGGUGAAGACCUCAAGCUCCUCCAUGCGAUCUUGCACUCGACCCCUUUCAAUUGGGCAAAGUUUGUCAAACAUCACGAUCGCCGCGUCUACCGCCCACGAUCACCUCCUCCUGUACCCGUUUGUGGUGAUGGACAUCCUUGAACGGUUUAAGGUCACCACCACCGUUGGCCCACUCACAAAGGCCACGAAGCUUUGGACGAUCAGCGGCCAAACCUUCACCAAGCGGUCGGACAACGCCGCGCCUGCCACUGCCGCGCCACGCCGCACUGCCACUGUCGCGCCUGCCACUACCACUGGCCUAGCCGAACCCCAGGCCCGGGCAAACCUUGCCUCCAUCACCGACUCCCUCAACCGCCUGCACUUCAAAGUCGAUGGGAUGGAUCGCUACCUUGAACGGCUCGACGAGGCUGUUCAACGCCAAGGGCACGCCAUGAACGCGUACUUCCAACGCGUUAACUACGUCCCCCCCACCGUACCAUGGCACGUUCCUUGGGGAAGUGUACGGUGACGAGGACGAAGAGGAUGGGUCCUACGCCCCAUCAAGCUGCCCGGACGAGGAUGAGUUCGACGAUGCCAUUGACGGUGAUGAGAUGGACGACGACGACGAGGAGGCGGAAACCGAAGACGAAGACUAGGACGCCCCUAGAAUUUCUAUCUCAUUUCUUUUAAUUAUCAUGUUUUUUAAAUGCUUCCGUUGUACUCCGCUAUUUCCCAUUUCAAUAAAUAAAAGUUAUCUUUUAUCUUUUUGUUAAUGUCAAAAGGGGGAAUAAAAGGGCUAUGCAUAU